CAAGAAAAGCGCGAGCGAGCUGUGCGAGAAGUAGUCUUGACGACACGUUCGGAACUGAGCUUGAUGCAACCUUGCCCCAACGGACGAUGGGAUCGCGUGGUGAUAAAGUCACUUUCAAAGCACAGAACGAUAUGAACAUAGAGCGAGAAUACGGACAGAACGUUACAGUGAAUAUGGAAAACAACAACGGCUCACCCAAACAGAUUAGUUUUAGCAGCUCGAUCACCGACAGACGGGAGUCGUCACAACCAGCUAGAGUUGACAACAUGAUGCAGAGACAAUUUUCUCGUCAAACUAGCAACCCAGAUCGGGAUGUGUGUGUAGUCUUACCGAAGCGGUUAAACAGUACAAUUGACAAUACGACUUCAGUGGAACCGCUGCUGAACCAGAAAAAUUUACACCGUCAAUUAAGUCAAAGUCCUGACAAAAGUAGAGACCGUUCUAAAUACCCGACACCGUGCUUUAUCAGACAGAUAAGCAAAAACACUUCCAGAGUCAUCAAAAUAGUCGUGAUCGUUUCAUUACUUUUGAAUUUACUCCUGAUUCCGUCCCUUGCAACGGUGGUGACUCUUUUAUUUCGGGACACGUGUAGUGCGCCCCCUACCCCCGGGCUUGACGUCACCGACUCUCUCUGUUUCCCGUGUGGGGAAGCGGGUAUCCCGGGGGUGCCAGGAGCUCUCAGGACAAAGAACGGCUUCUGUUGUGGGUCAAAGAACGACGUCGAUUUACAACGCAUUCUCAGGCAGCGAGUUCUCCAAUCCACCGCAGCGCUUGUCCAUUCAAGAACUCCUUGCACUGCACAAGGAGGCCAUGAUGUCAAGAACAAAGGACCCACAAGAAAAUAUUUCAAGAAAACAGCGGCUCAUCUGUUGGUUGACGUUAAGGCAACACAAACAGCGAAAUCCAUAAAAUGGAUGACGAAAUCUUCAGGAGGUAUAGCGUUCAUCCAGGGGGGUCUGACAGUCAGGAAUUCAACCAUCCGGGUGAAGAAAGCCGGUAUUUACCGGAUCCAUAGUCACUUCAGUUUCGACACCUUCACAAACGCAUUGGGAUAUACAAGAUACAUACAGGACCACUUUAUCUACAAACUUUCUUCUGGGGAAAAAUCGAUCAUACAUCUGGUGAAGACAGUGUUGGAGAAACGGAGGUACGAGUCGAGUGACGUCAGUGUUGGUGUCGUGAGUCUUCGUGAUGGAGACGAGAUCGGUGUGGGUAUAAACAAGUUUCGGUACCUGUAUAACAUGGAGGUGGCUAACACGCUUGAUAUCGAAAAGAUUGGAUAGAUCAUGGGCGUUGUUUUGCUGGCGAAGCAAGUCUUUCUGACUAUGAAAGAUACUGAGAGUGAGGUGGGUUAACGUCGCUUUGAAGACUACCACAUUGAGGUCACGACCCACUGAAACCCAUGACAUGAUAUGGUGCUGACAAACCAUCUAUAGAAAUCAUGUAGGAUUCGAUCCCGAACAUGAAAAUAACAAGACCUUCAACACAAGUGAGCUAGGUGUCACUGUGUGUCAUGUGUCAGCGAUACACUGUGGAGACAAUCAUGAGCCAGGUGUCAUGUGUGUCAUGUGUCGGCGAUACACUGUGGAGACAAUCAUGAGCCAGGUGUCACUGUGUGUCAUGUGUCAGCGAUACGCUGUGGAGACAAUCAUGAGCCAGGUGUCAUGUGUCGGUGAUACACUGUGGAGACAAUCAUGAGCCAGGUGUCACUGUGUGUCAUGUGUCAGCGAUACGCUGUGGAGACAAUCAUGAGCCAGGUGUCAUGUGUGUCAUGUGUCAGCGAUACGCUGUGGAGACAAUCAUGAGCCAGGUGUCAUGUGUCGGUGAUACACUGUGGAGACAAUCAUGAGCCAGGUGUCACUGUGUGUCAUGAGCCAGGUGUCAAUGUGUGUCAUGUGUCGGUGAGGUGCUAUAAAGACAAUCAUGAGCAACAUUGUUGCGAUCUAAAAGCACGGCCAGUCAGAUGGCCAUUUCGUCAAUAACAAAGAAGACACAAUUUAUGGAUCGCAUCACAAUUUAUAAUUAAUACGUCACUAUUACUGUAAAUAAAAAAGUUCAUGUCCAUAAAUUGUGUCUACCUUGAUCUUUAAUAAUGUGAUACUAAUAUCAAAUGUAUUAAAUAUAUGGAUAAAAAUGAAAUAUAUUCUCAAAAAGAAUUGUUCAAAAUAAAUAUAUUUUUAAAAAGAAUUGUUUGAAAUACUGGAACUUAUAGAUUCCUUUCUUGCAUACAACAAAGUUUGUUAAAUUGAAAGUACUGGCUAUGUCAGAACGACAAUAUUGUGUUUGUGUCGUGAGAUGUGCACGCCUUUGUACAUAGCGAGCGGGCAGCCGUCUUCAGUGACGUCACUAUAGGUUGUGUAUAAGGUCAACAUGACACACAUUUUCAAUCGGAUAUUCUCGCUUAUCUACAGUGACGGGUCGUGCGCAGACCGCUUGUCAAUUGACGAUAACAAGAGGAGCACACCAACUGAGAAACCAGUUAACAGAACAGUACUCCAAGAUAGUGCGUCACGAGUUCUGUCCCCUGAAUGUGUGACUUACCCGGGGCUUGUAUAUGUGAUCGAUGUUUGUGUUUUUUUGUUUUUAGUAAAAUCAUUUGAAGAA